AUGGCCUGUACAAGUGGGAAGGUGAAAAAUGGGAACUCGGCCUUGAUACCCUCCGUCUUCAUUUUUAGACCUGCCCAGACGGCCACGCCCACCACCACGCGGCGGGGCGCUGAGUGGAAGCUGCUGUCGUAGGCGGAGAAGCGGCCUUUCAUCGACGAGGCCAAGCGGCUGCGGGCGCAGCACAUGAAGGAGCACCCCGACUACAAGUACCGGCCCCGGCGCAAACCCAAGAACCUGCUGAAGAAGGACAGGUAUGUCUUCCCCUUGCCUUACCUGGGCGACGCGGACCCGCUCAAGGCGGCCGGGCUGCCGGUGGGGGCCACGGACGCUCUGCUGAGCUCCCCCGAGAAGGCCAGGGCCUUCCUGCCCCCCGCCUCCGCGCCCUACUCCUUGCUCGACCCCAGCCAGUUCAGCUCCAGCGCCCUCCAGAAGAUGACCGAGGUCCCCCACACCUUGGCCACCGGCACCCUGCCCUACGCCUCCACCUUGGGCUACCAGAGCGGGGCCUUCGGGAGCCUCAGCUGCCCCAGCCAGCACACCCACACGCACCCGUCGCCCACCAACCCGGGCUACGUGGUGCCCUGUAACUGUUCCGCUUGGUCGGCCUCCAGUUUGCAACCCCCCGUGGCCUACAUACUGUUCCCAGGCAUGGCCAAGACUGGAAUAGACCCUUAUUCUUCAGCGCACGCCACGGCCAUGUAACCCCCUCUCCCACCCCUCCCAAACGAGACUCGAAUUCGAAGUCACUCCUGGGGCAUGUACAUAGAAACGGAGCCACCCGCCUGGGAGACGGGGACCGGUGUGGCCGAUGGCCGAGGCAGAAAAGACUCGCGACGCAGAGACUGUAAACCCAGCACGGCUGUGGGCUCUCCGCCUGGGAAGGAGAGACUCGGCUAGACACCUGGCAGGACUGUCCGUGUGGCCAAUUCCUGUCCUUUCGGACUACCGCCUAGGCGGGCUGGAGUUUGAUUUCUGCUCUCACUGUAUAUGGGUCCUAUAUACCCCGCGGUCACUUGGACUCGAACUCCCGAAGUCCUGGUAUUUAUUGAUGAUGCUGAUGGUUCUUUCCUCCUUUUCUGUUUUUUUUGCACAUCCAAACGCCAAGAGUAGCGGUGUUAUAUUAGAGAUCUCUAUUUUGCCAUCCAGCACCACUUAGGUGAAAAUUGCUUUUCAUGUCAAAGAGGCUCUUAAAAGGGACCGGAAUUAGAAAAAAAAAA